CGAAAGAACAAAUGUAACCCCUCCCCAAAAAAAUUUUUUUUAAACCAAACAAACUAUAUACGCACUCUGUUCUAUGUGGAAAGUAGCAAUGAGAUCAGGAAUUCAAGGCCAUCCUCUCCUACACUGCAAGUUCAAGACCGGCCUGGACUAAAUGACGCCUGUCUCAAAAAGCCAAAAAAACAACAUACACAAAAAAACUGAGUAUGCUCCCUCAAGUCUCGUCCUCUAAUAACUCUAGGUUCAAAAAAACGUUUCUUCCAGAAGAAGGAAGGAACGAAGGACAGAACGCCAGCGAGGGAGCGGUGCCGCUCAGCCUUCUGGGAGACGUAGUUCCGUGGUUCCGUCCCCUAUGGCGCAGCUGAGGCGGUUCCUGCUAAUGCGCAUGUCUGGGGGCGGGGACCCGCGCAUGACUGAAGGGAGGGGCGGCUGCGGGGGCGGAGCAUCUCAGGUGUUUGGGGAACGGUCCGCUGUGCUGUCGGAAUGGCGGGCAGGGGUAAACUGAUCGCGGUGAUUGGAGACGAGGACACGGUGACGGGUUUCCUGCUGGGCGGCAUAGGGGAGCUGAACAAGAACCGCCACCCUAAUUUCCUGGUAGUGGAGAAGGAUACCACCAUCAAUGAGAUCGAAGACACCUUCAGGCAGUUUCUAAACAGGGAUGACAUUGGCAUCAUUCUCAUCAACCAGUACAUCGCAGAGAUGGUCCGGCAUGCUCUUGACGCCCACCAGCGGUCCAUUCCAGCUGUCUUGGAGAUCCCAUCGAAGGAGCAUCCCUAUGAUGCAGCCAAAGACUCCAUCCUACGCAGGGCCAAGGGCAUGUUCACUGCUGAAGACCUGCGCUAGGGCUCCUCAGCCCUCAGCCCCGCUCUCGCUACCCGGCCUCUCCCAGUUUGCCAGUUUCCAGCCCCUCCCUUCCUCUUCACUGAGGGGCUCCUAAGCUGUAGGGGUUCUGCUGUUGAGAUCCAUGCUGGUUAGGGAAAGAGAGCCCCACCAUCUUCUCUCUCCACAGUCCCUGCGCUGUUAAACGUGUUGAUAUUAAAGGAAUAUUCUCUCCAGGUG